AUUUAUGUAAACAGUUUGUUUUUAAAGACUCCUAAUUUAUAAGCACUCAAGUGCUUAAAUCACUUUGAAUUUAUAUAAAUCGAAUUCAAUGGAUUUUUAGAAAAUCCAGUUGCCAGCUGAUCUUGCGUCAGUGGUAACAGAUCACCCUGUCAUAUUACCCAAUUACUCAAAAACUACAACUGCAACAGAACUUCUAGCAUUCCAAAACUUUAAACAAUCAGUGAUUAAGUACAGAGAAGACAAUGGCGGAGGACAAGUUCAUUCGCCGGGAUAAGGACACUAAGAAAACCUCCGCGGUCAUGAAGGAUGUUGACAUCUACCGCGACACCUUCAUUCGCUACAUGGGCUACAGCAACGAGAUUGGCGAGUCCUUCCGCCCGCUGGUGCCCAAAUCUCUGGUGGCCGCAUCCUACGGCAUGGCCAUCGGAUAUGUCUGCACGGACACCUUUGACAAGGCACUGCGCCUCCAAAUGGGUGGGGCUUCCUCCAGAGAAGUGGCCGUCAAGGGCGGCGACGUCUUCUGCUGGCAGAUGCUGGCCUCCGUCGCCAUUCCCGGCCUGGUCAUCAAUCGAAUCACCUGGGCCACCAAAACACUGCUGAGCAAGGCGCCGAUGCCCGUGCUGAAAACGGUGCCCACCCUGGUGGGCCUGGCCAGCAUCCCGCUCAUCAUCCAUCCCAUCGACAGCAUGGUGGACCGCCUGAUGGACGCCACCUACCGCAAGACGGUGACGUAGUGAACGCUGCGCGGGAUAUGCCCAACAUCUACCCUACUCCUAUUCUAAUCCACGGUGAUAGUUCUUAGGUAUUAAGAGUUUACGUGAACUGUAGCAAAGCUUUAGCCCCCAAUCCAGUUUGCAUAUUGACAAGGA